CAGCUGUAGGCUCAAGUACAAAACAUGUCGUGAAUCCUUUCCGUAACCCACAGAUCUUUGAUCGCUUCGACACAGUUAUGUCUUCGGAAAAGCCCCAAGUUGACAGCGGCGAGCACACCCCGUCGUCCACGUCCAGUUCGGACGUCGAAGUCGUUCCAGGAUCCAUCGACGAAAAGAAGCUGCUUCGAAUGCUGGAUUGGAGACUGCUUCCCGCCGUGUCUAUUCUCUAUCUUCUUUCAUUCCUGGACCGUAGCAAUGUCGCCAAUGCCCGUAUCGAAGGACUCACCACCGACUUGCACAUGACUGGUAACCAAUACCUCACUGGCCUGACGCUCUAUUUUGUCGGUUAUGUCCUGUUCGAACUUCCAUGCAACAUCAUCUUGAAAAGGACCACACCCAAGUUCUGGCUCCCCACAUUGACGUUGGCGUGGGGGAUUGUGGCGACGCUUAUAGGUGUCACCCAGAAUCUUGCGGGGUUCUUUGUAGUGCGGUUCCUUCUGGGUGUGACAGAGUCAGGCCUUUUCCCAGGAGUAGUUUACUAUCUUUCCAUGUGGUACAAGAGGAACGAGCGUCAAUACCGCAUCUCACUUUUUUUCAGUUGCGCGAGUUUGGCAGGCGCCUUCGGCGGUAUCCUGGCAUGGGGUAUUGGCCAUAUGAGGGGUGUCGGCGGGUAUGCUGGCUGGCGGUGGAUCUUCAUACUCGAAGGCCUGCUUACCGUUGUAAUUGCCUGCUUCGCGUACUUCUUCAUCUCGAACUAUCCAGAGACUGUCAGCUGGCUCUCCAAAGACGAGCGUGCUUUCAUUCAAGCUCGUCUCAAGGCUGAUAGCGACUCGACAAACCAUGAAGUAUUCCGUUGGGGUGAUGUCUGGGAAGCCUGUAAAGAUAUCAAGAUCUGGCUAUAUGGCCUAGCGUUCCACACCAUGAGCCUGCCUCUAUACACCUUGUCUCUCUUCUUGCCAACCAUCAUCAAGGACUUGGGCUACACGUCUGCUAAGUCUCAACUCUUGACCAUUCCGCCCUAUGCCGUGGCGACUAUAUUCACCGUCUGCUGGGCAAUCUUAUCCGAAAGAUACUCCCGUCGCGCUCCGUUUAUCAUCUUCACCACUUCAUUAGCUAUUAUUGGCUAUAUCAUUCUUCUGACAAAUGAACAUCCUAACAGGAGACCCGGCGUGUCUUACGUCGGUACUUUCUUCGCAGCAGUGGGCAUAUACCCCUCUGUUGCACUGGUCCUCUGUUGGCCUGCGAUCAACGUAUCUGGCCAGACGAAACGUGCGACAGCGAACGCGAUGCAGAUCUCGAUCGGCAAUCUUGGAGCUGUUCUGGGUACGCAACUGUAUAGGCCGAAGAUGUCACCAAGAUAUCUGGUAGGACAUUCGUUUGCGCUGGGUUAUCUGUGCUUGAAUAUUGUAAUUGUGAGUUUGUUGUGGUGGAGGUUGACAAAAGAAAACAAGGACAAGGUAAAACAUUUGGUGGAACAUCCCGAGACGGGUGACUUUCAUGACAGCGAUGAGGACCUGAAGCUGGGAGAUCGCCAUCCAAGGUGGGCCUUCCAGACUUAAUGACCCUGUGUGAGCGUUCAUUUGGGUCAGUGGUUAUACGUGCAGUUUGAAUCGGCCAAGAACGAAAUACGCAGAGGUAAAUUGAGGUUAAGACACUGUAAUUACGUUGCGAGCACCAUUACCUCCUGAUCACAGACGAGCAAGC